AUGCGUGCACUUACUCGAUACGUACGGACAAGAAAGGCUAGAAAUUGUCACUAUGGAACUAAUUCUGCUGGGUGUGCAAUUCGUGUCCCUAAAACAUUCUAUUUUCACUCAACAACAAAUUCAACAAGAAAGCGUCGUGAAUUGAUACCUGAAUGUUGUCCUGGUUGGAUACACUUGGAAGGAGAAGAUGGAUGUUUAAGAGCUAAUUGUACUCCACAAUUAUGUGAAAAUGGAGGUGUUUGUUUGUCAGAAAAUGAAUUGGAAGGAAAUUUUAACAACAAACUAUGUCAAUGCCCUACAGGAUUUGAUGGGUCUACUUGUCAAUUUGAUGUAAAUGAAUGUUUGGCAGGCAAUGGAGGUUGUGAACAUGAAUGUGUAAAUAUUGUGGGCAGUUUUUAUUGCAAAUGUUAUAGUGGAUUUGAAUUGGCUGAAAAUGGUGUUAAUUGUAUUGAUGUAGAUGAAUGUUCAAUAUCUAAUGGUGGCUGUCAAUUUAAAUGUAUAAAUACAAAAGGUGGUUAUCUCUGUCAAUGCCCAUUCCCAAUGCAAUUAGCACCAAAUGGACGUGAUUGUAUUAAAGAAAAUUCUUGUAAAAAUCAAAAUGGAGGUUGUGAACAAAUUUGUGAAGAAAGGACAAGUGAUUCAAGUUUUUGGAGAUGUAGAUGCCGGAAAGGAUAUAAAUUGGGAGAGGAUAGAAAGAGUUGUUUUGUUGAAAAUCCCUGUUCAAUGGAGGAAAAUCGUUGUCAACAUUUUUGUUUAAAUGCUGGAAAUGGCAAAGCUAAAUGUCAAUGUUAUCCAGGUUUUAAAUUAGCUGAAGACCAAUUUAGUUGUGUUGAUAUUAAUGAAUGUAUUGAAAAUGAGUCGCCUCUAUGUUCUUUUAAUUGUGAAAAUACUUAUGGAAAUUAUUAUUGUGUUUGUCCUGAAGGUUAUCAACUUGGUGAAGAUGGAUAUAGUUGUGAACCUAAUAGACUGGGUAAUUUUUAUUUUUAUUAA